AUGCACUUCUUAGGUCGCUUUGGUGCCAUCUGCGGCGCGAGGCGAGCUUUUCUACAGACAGUCGCGACCGUGCGUCCUUCGAAAACGUGUCGCCCAUUCGCUGUCGGCUUUAGUAGCUCGAAACAGGCCAAACCUCUCGGAUUGAACGAUGGCGUCAACAUCGCGUCUGGCCUAUCGCCAUUCAUGCAGAUGUUGACGGCCUACGUCGUCCUAAGCGUCUCCGCGAUGGGGCUUAUUGCUCGAUACAAAAGCCGUGAUACGAAACAGGACGAGAACGUGCGCAUCUUCAAUAUGGCCAAACGCGCGGUCGUGAAAGACCGACGUGUGUUUGAGAUUGUUGGAUACCCGAAACAAUUCGAGCAACUGUCAGCUCCUGACGCAGAUAAUGGACCUGAUGAGCUCCAGUCUAGCGAAGGGACGUUUAAGAUCACGGGCGACAAGGGGAGUGUAGUCGUGCACUAUCGGCAGAAGAUGCACGAGCACAAGGACAAAGACAGCGACAUUGUCACGUUUGAUGAAUUGGGCGUCGAGUGUGAAGAUGGGACGCACUUUUCCGCUCUGGCCUCUUUCUUGCAGAAUCAGGACGUUGUUACGCACCAGAACUCCGAGUCGUUGGGCAAGAAGAUGUUUCUCCCGGUCAUUGGCGGCGUGUUGAUUGGUGGCGUAGCCUCAUUCUUCGCCAUUCGGAUCCUGCGCAAUCAACCGUUCUACGUGCACAAGUUGGUGCUGGACCACGUGAACAAGCACGAGAUGGCGCGCCAACUGAUUGGACACCCGAUCCAGAGCGAUCGCCGGAAAUUUGCGGGCGUACUGACGAGUGAGGCUGCGAAUUACACGAUUCCUUGCUCUGGACCGAAGGGCAGUGGCACGCUCAUUGUCAAAGCUUUCAAAAAAGUAGACCCGAGCGGGAAAAGUGAAGACGAAAAGGGCAAGGUCAUGACCACACCAGGCACGUCUUGGAAGUUUUCUACGCUUGUGCUAUCCGUUGGUCGGAAUGAAAAGCGCAAGACGAAGAGCGCCAAGACCAUCAAUCUUCUGAACAGUGGCGGAGUGCCGUCGGUGCCACAUCCGCAGUCAUAG